UUUUCUCUCUCGGUUGGCCAGUUCGGAACUUGUUUAUCGUGUGUGUAGCACGCAGUGUCUAACAUGGCUGCGGGUGAGAUGUUUGUGUGGUGGUUAUUAUUGUUUUGUGCGUUUUUGAAGCCUGGAGAAACGUUAGAAAGACAUCUUUACGUCCACAAGACUGAAUCGCAACAUGUACCAACCUUUUAUACACUUCCUGAAGAUGAAGGAAAUGUGUUGCAUCAUGAGAAUGUGUUACCACAGGGUCGGUUAAAAAGAUUUGCUAGCCCACCAGGUACAGAGAAGAAUAUUACUUCAAAGUUGAUACACCUGAACGACAGCCACCAGCAGCUGCUGGUGCACUGGGCGGGCGAGGGCUCCGACGUGAUCGUGUGUCUGGCGCGGGACGUGAAGCCCCGGCCGUUCGAGCCGCCCCGCCCGUCCUCCGUCUACGUGUCCUACGACUACGGCCAGACCUUCGAGAACCUCACGGACAAGUUCGCGGUCGGCCCCAACAGGAGCUACGCCGUGCUGGAGAAGUUCCACUCCCACCCCAAGUACUCCGCCCACAUGGUGUUUACAGACUCAACCAACCAGAUGAUAUUCACAACGAAAAACUAUGGGCGAAAUAUUACAAGGACUAAGCUGAGCUUUCAUCCAACGAACAUUACGUUUCACGAUGAAGAGCCGUUUACGUUCUUAGCCUACGAUUCAUUGGACCUGGAAAGAAAGCUCUGGAUCACCAAGGACUUUGGCCAGUCGUGGAACAAGGUCCACGAGUACGUGGAGUCGUUCUACUGGAUCGGCAGCCUCAACGGGGCGGACGGCGGCAUCAAGCUGGCCGUGCAGCGGCUGGAGCCGUCGGGGGAGUCCACCGUGCUGGUGUCGGGGUCCAUGUUCCAGACCCCGCGCGACGCCCAGCUGCUGAUCAAGGACGUGGAGGAGUUCCAGGUCAAGGGGGACUACAUGUUCGCCACCAGGAGGGUGGACGUGAGGAACCUGGAUCUCUACAUCUCGUACAAGCGAGGGGAGUUUGUGAGGGCUCAGUUCAUGUCGGAGCUGGACAGGCGAGAGUUCUUCGUGGCGGACGUGAACGACUCCCAGGUGUUCAUGGUGGUCGGCCACACCGACACGCUGUCGAACCUCUACGUGGCGCAGAUGUCGGACGGCAGCUCGGUCAGCUUCGCCUUGUCGCUGGAGCGCAUCUUCUGCUUCUUCCCCAACUCCACCUGGCGGUACACGUGGUUGAAUAGUGUUGCAGAUGAAACAUUUGCUGACUUCUACAAAGUGCAAGGUUUGCAUGGCAUCUACAUCGCAUCCCAAGUCUCCUUGUCGGUGGACAACCACAGCAUAUUACCCCAGCAUCUGACGACGGUCAUAACGUACGAUUCUGGUGGCGAAUGGCGGUUCUUAACGCCUCCGGACCAAGAUUCUUUGGGGAGGAAGAUUCUUUGCAAUGUGUCCAACGGAUGUUCGCUGCACCUCUCCCAGCGCUUCAACCAGCUGUACCCACUGUCGCGGGCCGUUCCGAUCCUGUCGAGCAAAUCCGCCCCUGGCAUCAUCAUGGCGACGGGCACGAUAGGCAAGUCCCUGAAAGGCCACCCUGGCGUGUUCCUCAGUCGGGACGCUGGGCUGACGUGGGUCGAGAUACUGAAAGACUACUACUUCUACAACUUCGGGGACCAUGGCGGGGUGCUGGUGGCGGCCAAGUACUUCAAGUCGUUGUCGGAGAAGACGCGGGAGCUGCUGUACUCGACCGACGAGGGCGAGACGUGGCACACGUACCACAUGUCCGUCCAGGACCUGCGCAUAUACGGCCUGAUGACGGAGCCCGGCGAGAACACCACCGUGUUCACCGUGUUCGGCGCCAUCAGCGGCCGCUCCCACGAGUGGGUCAUCCUCACCGUCGACCUGAAGAACGCUUUCAAGUACGACUGCAAACCAGAUGAUUACAAGUUUUGGUCUCCAAGCAGCUCCACAGGAUCAGUCAUGCACAUGCCCUGCAUCUUGGGCCGUAAGGAGACUUACGAGCGGAGGAUUGCCCGGACUAACUGUUACAAUGGCCGCGAUUACGACCGCCCCGUUAGAAUGGAAAUAUGUGAGUGUGACUUGGAGGAUUUUGAGUGUGAUUUUGGUUUUGUUCGAAAUGUGGGUUUGGAAAUUUGCACCCGAAACAAAACGAACGGCGUCAGUCCAUACGAUAUCCCGAAAACGUGCACACCAGGGAGUUUCUACAACCGGACAAGAGGCUAUCGCAAAAUCCCUUCAGAUGCUUGCAUGGGUGGAAAUGAGGUGGCUUACUCGCCAGAAAAACUGCCAUGCCCUUUCAAGGAGAGCAAAGAGUUCCUUUUGGUUGCCCAGCGCCACAAGAUAUUCAGGGUUGACCUCGGAGAACCAACACCCAAGGAGGAAAUGCUUCCAAUCUCAGUCAAUUUGCAGAAUGUGAUUGCCAUAGAGUUUGACCUCAAAAACAAUUGUGUGUACUGGGCUGACAUCAAUGUGGACACCAUAAUGCGGCAGUGCCUGUCGGACGGCCGGGAGCCCGAGACGCUGGUGAAGACGGACGUCAUGUCCAUCGAGGGCCUGGCCCUGGACUGGGUGUCCCACCACCUGUACUUCGUCGACGGCAUCCGUGCCAAGAUCGAGCUGAUCCGCACGGACAUCGACCACGAGGGGCGUCUGCGCCGCACCGUCCUGAGGGCCCCCCAGCUGCAGAAACCAAGAGGCAUCGCCGUCCAUCCGAUGAUGGGGUACCUGUUCUGGACAGACUGGGCGCCAGCGAAGGCUUCCCUGAACCGAGCUAACCUGGACGGUUCGGACAUGAAACCGCUCUUCACAAAGCCGGAUGUGGAUUGGCCAAACGGCAUAACCAUAGACUACAUCGCCCAGCGCAUCUACUGGGUGGACGCGAAGUUAGACUACAUUGCAUCGGCCUCUCUAGAUGGCACCAAAUUCACCAAAAUCAUCACCAACAGUCCGGCUGUAAAACACCCGUUUUCCGUGGCAGUUUUUAAAGAUCUAAUGUACUGGGACGAUUGGGAACGGAAGAGCAUCUUCGUGGGAGACAAGGAUCACGGAACGGGCAUUCAAUCUGUGUUGACGCAGAUAUAUGGCCUAAUGGAUCUGAAGGUAUAUGCUCAUAGCAUUCAGGAAGGUGAGAACGCUUGCAGCAAAAACAAAACACAAUGUUCACACUUAUGCCUUGGCCUCCCAAAGAACAAAUUUGUGUGUCAGUGUCCCGACGGCAUGACGUACAAAGAUGGCAAGUGUAUUUGUGCCGACAACAAACCUGCAUUUGCAAAUGGCACCUGCCCAUCAGACUCGAACACCUGCUCUAGCGAACAGUUCCGGUGCACGAACGGCCUGUGCAUUCCCGUUUCUUGGCGGUGCGACGAUGACGACGACUGCGGGGACAGCUCUGACGAAGCGAGCUGCAAGCAAGUGUCUUGCCCGCCGGCCAUGUUCCAGUGCGAGAGCGACGGCAAGUGCAUCCCGCCCUACUGGAAGUGCGACUUCGACCACGACUGCGCCGAUGGAAGUGACGAGAGGAAUUGCUCGCACGUGUCUUGCCCGUUCGGCCAGUUCCACUGCGAUAACGGUCGCUGCAUAGCAAACCGUUGGAAGUGCGACGGGGAGGACGAUUGUCACGACAAUUCCGAUGAAAAGAACUGCAGUUCGCACUCGUUGCCAGGCACCUGCAAGCCGGAUGAGAUCAGAUGCGGCAAUAGCUCGAUGUGCAUUCCUGCGCGCUGGCGAUGCGAUGGUGAAAGGGACUGCAUUGAUAAUUCGGACGAAGCAAACUGCGCACACACCACUUGCGAAAGCUGGCAGUUCGUUUGCGCAAGCGGAAGGUGCAUCUUCAGGUCGUGGGUGUGUGAUGGCGACAACGACUGCGCGGACGGUGAUCAAGGAAGCGACGAGAAGAAUUGCAGCACUUCUGCGGCCAUGACAACUGUUGCACCCCCAACCUUGCCAACAGGUGUUUGCAGCGCCUUCAUGUUCAAGUGCAACAACUCCAAGUGCAUACCGCUGUGGUGGAAGUGCGACAACGUCGACGACUGCGGGGACUCAUCGGACGAAGUAGGGUGCUCCAGCGUCCCGCCCUGGAGCUUCAAGCCGAGCACCGAGCCUCCGGCUGUAGUGUGCUCUGAGAACCAGUUCCGCUGCCUGUCCGACACGUGUAUUCUCUCGUCGUCUGUGUGCGACGGCAGAAGGGACUGCGAGAUGGGGGAGGACGAGAACAACUGCCCGUGGUACAAAAAGUGCAGCGAAGAUGAGUUCAUGUGCAGGAGUGACGGCAACUGCGUCCCACUGACCAGUUUCUGCGACGGGCGCCCGGACUGCCCUGACAAAUCGGACGAGUUCAACUGCGACUUGCCGGGAGGUGCAACUCCGGCCACACCGAGCUGUCAGAACGGGUUCUUCCCGUGCGACGUGAAGAAGUGCCUGCCUCUGUCGAAGAUGUGUGAUGGGAAGCAAGAUUGCGACGACAGCUUCGACGAAGGUUCGAACUGCAGCAACGGCACUCACCAGAGAGAGUACCAGGUGAACUUGAGGGUCCAGGACCUGCUGACCAACGCCUCCAGCCUCACCCUGACCUGGUGGCCGGACAGCUCGCCCAGCGUCUCCCAGCUCGAGUACCUGCCCUCCAUCUGCGAGCAGGACGGCGCGGAGCUGUGGGCCAACGGCACGGCCUGGCAGACGGACGUGCGCUACCGCUUCACGGGUCUCAAGCCCUACACCGGCUACAAGAUGACCGUGUACGUCAGGGAGAAGGAGUCGAAGCGGGAGUACCGCCCGGCGCAGACCGUGAACGCCAUCACGGCCGAGGGAGUGCCGUCUCCACCGUGGAACGUGCAAGUGAAGCAGCUGAGUGCCUUGCGGGUGAACGUGUCUUGGAACGUUCCUCACAGUCGAAAUGGUGUGAUCAAGGAGUACACAGUCAUGCUGAGCCCCCCUCUGCCCCCCCUGUCCGAGACGGUGGACGGGAGAACCACCCAUGCUGUCCUGGAGUCUGCAUUCACUCCUGGCGCCAACUACACCUUCUGGGUGAGCGCAAAGAACGGCGGAGGCGUGAGCAACGACUCGAAGCCGGCGAUCCUGGAGUUUGACGGCAGCGCCAUCAUCGAGCUGGUGCAAGGGCUGGUGGCGAGCGAGGUGGACGCCCACACGGUCCAGCUGUCGUGGAUGAGCCUGGGCAACGUCCCCGGCUACACCGUGAAGAUGCGCGCCAACCCCCCGUACCCAGAAGUGAUGGAUCCGUUGACCGUCAGCGACAACAAAGCAAACAUUAGUAACCUUGCUCCGGGUGCCAGCUACGUGUUUGAAGUGGCAGGCACCAAUGAUUCGGUCACGGGUCCAUGGUCCAGCAUUUCAGUGAAGACGGACGGCUUCCCUCUCCCGGAGGUUGAGAACGUACGCGUGACUUUGGAUACUUCGCACAGAACAAUUGUGAACCUUCGUUGGGACGCUGCGAAGAGCAGUGCUUACAAGCAGCAGUGGCUCUAUGGUAUCUACUACGGCCUGAGGACAGAAGACCUUUAUAAAAAACCACUCUACACCACUAGCGAUCUGUCGACGGUGGUAAACGUCCUGCAGGCGUGCGAGGACUACUUGUUCGCCGUGGGCGUGGUGGGACCGCUCGGCGUGGGGCCCAUCUCUAAGAACCCUCCUCACAUGAUCACGGAGUUCAACGACAAGGCCCCGCCGAAGAGCGUGGUGAUGGGCCCCUACCUGCACAACGAAACGAGGAUGUGGGUGAACUGGACGUCCUCAUGUCCCGAGAUGCGGGAACCUAUUGGUUACGAGGUGACGAUCGUGGAGACGACCCAGAACCAGUUGUCGACGUUCACCGUGCUGCCGACGGCGAGCACGCGCGUGUCCUACUGGUUCAACGUGCACUACGGGGGCAAGUACCGCGCGCGGGUCAGGACGGCGGUGGCGCACUCUGUGGCGUCGGAGGAGGUGGAGUUUGCCGCCCCCUACAUCAGGCCCCCGGGCCAGGUGUACGUGCUGCAGCAGAAGAACGACACUUACAGCGGCUACUUCGUGUUCUGGAGGGAGGCGGAGCUCCCCGGCAGAUUGAAGAACUCUUCUUACAAGUACGUGGUGCUGGUUUCACCCGGCCGGUCGAUAAACGAAAGCGCCGUGAAGCGCUACGAAGUGUCUCAGCCACCUUUUAUCCUGGAUGCCAAGGAUGCAGAGGGUAUCUACUCUGUCUCCGUGCAAGUGAAGACUGACCGAGGGUUCCUGUCGCUGCCUUCAGAGGUGGAGUCUGUGAACAUUCUCAAGGGCGAGUGGGGCCCGGCGAGCGACGCCAGCGCGAGUGGCGCCAACACGCGGCUGGUGAGCGUGGUGCUCCCGGUAGCCGCCCUCGUGGUGCUGCUGGCCGUCGCCCUCGCCGUCUUCGUGGUGCGGCACCGCCGGCUGCAGAAGAGCUUCGCCUCGUUCGCCAACAGCCACUACGACUCCCGCUCUGGCUCCGCCACCUUCUCCGGGGCCGACGGCCUGGAUGAAGAAGACUCACCCGUGAUACGAGGAUUCUCGGAUGAUGAGCCACUAGUUAUAGCUUAAGUUGGAAGCUCUGUGCUGUGUAACAUGUUGCUGUUGAACCUCUGUGAUAUUGUAGAAGCAACCCACUGAUUAUCCUACUUCGUUUGCUUGUAUUUAAAACCAGAGUUUCCGAAGUAUCGUGCAGCAGUUUUACUUUAAGGCAACAGAAGAUAUUCUAUGAUUUUAUACCUGCAAGUACUAAAGACUAUGGGAUCAGUUUUAUGUUGUGGAGAUUUUAAUUUUACAGUUAUGCCUUGUUUUACCAUAAUGUAAUCCAAGUAGCUUGAAAAUAGUGUAACCACUUAGUUGCUGUAAGUUUUCUGUUAGGUGCUGAUGGAUACAGACUACAACAUUGUAAUCAUUAUUAUACCCUGACAUAAAGAUGUAUUUCUUAGACAUUAAUGUUUCUAGUUUAUUGCACAUUGCUUCUUUGACAAAACAGUCACACAUUCUCUUCUACAUCUAAGGGCUUGUGAAUGUACUGUUACAUGGCAAGAUUAUAUUGUUUUUGUUUGUUGGGUACAAUUUUAUAUUACCAUAUCUUCUUUUUCAUUCCUUUUAAAUGUUCUCAGUUUAUUUCAUUGCAUUGCUCGCAACAUUUGUAGUACAAGUGAUUAAAAGAAAUGAAUGUGCAAAAAAAUCAAAAUAUAGUUAGUUUUUUUUUUAUAUAUAAAAAAUGAUGCUAGCUUGCAUGCAGAUAAUUAACAUUAUGGUUGUGUUAGAUUAUUCCAGAUUUUUUUAUGGUUUUAGUUUGCAAUUGCAGACAUUGUUUUUAAGAAACAUUUUGUACAAACUGGUGUUGUCUAACUUUUGUAUGUAAGUGUUCUUUAUUCUGUUCUUUUCAUGGCCAUUUCUUUAUAGCAGUAGCAGCCAAAUUAUUAUAUAAUGGCAUGAAAACAUGUAAAUAUAGGAACACAUCUGUGUGUUUGGGUUCCUGCAAACAGUUAUUUUGAACCAAAGAAAUAAAUUGUAAUGGGCUAUUUUCUGGCUAUCAAAGAGUUUUUGAAUGUAUAUUUCUAGACAUUUUCAGUGUAUAUAGUGUUCAUAAAAAUGUUUAUAUAUAAUUGUAUCUUGCAAAAAUUAUUAAAGUUAUAACUCUAA